ACCCGUGCACUGUCAUUACAACCUGCACUGGUAUUGAAUGUGGCACAGAUACACACAGAGAAACAUACUGGGGACGACGUCUUUCUGUCCGGUGACCGUAAUAUUCUCGGUCGAGGUGGAGCACUAGAGACAACAGAGAUGCGACUGACAGCACAUUUGCUGGUGUUGUUCAUCUGCGCUGAUAAAGGACUAUGUUCCAUUGAAGGACGAAGGGACGUUACCGUUAGCAAUAGGGAGAACCGCAUCGAUGCCUCGCCAUGGGGAUCACAGGCUGCAUGGCAUUUUACGACUCUUUAUGAAGACCAUUUUAUUGUUUUGAAGAUCACUGGCGCGACCAAAUAUACGGGCAACUGUUCAUACGAGAAUUCUGUCAUAACAUUCAAAGAAGAAGGCACCGAUGCAACAGGACUAUUCCUCUGUGGUGACGGAGUCUAUGAAAGUCGUGGCAGCGUUGUCACUGCAGAAAUGACCGGUUCGCAGGCUGUCCAUAUAUCCUACAUAGCAAGACGAAGAUCCGAUCAGUGCCAGGCCGAGCACCACGCAACACAAUCUACAUCCAUUAUCAGAUCGGCUGUCAAUCAGAUUGACUUGUUCAGAGAACAAUGCAAGUGGACCAUCUAUAGCAGACCAGGGUACAACGUCCGUGUUCGUGUGUUGGAAUCCAAUCUCCCUUCGCCCUGCUCUAAAAACCAGAUUAGUGUUUAUGUUGAUGGUCAGAACACGUUGUCAUGGUGUGGUUCUGGACGAUCUUCCUACACAUCCCAUGGCUCAGAGCUGGACAUCCGGUUCAAUAUGUCAAGCAUCUCUCAUGGUCAUGGUUUUACCAUUGGGUUUACGGAAGUCAUCGCCGGGUUCAGCAGCUGCAGAGCUACUUACUUAGCCACGUAUCAACCUCAAACGCUCACAAUCAAUUCUAACGUCCCCCCCAACCAAGUUAGACAAGGCUCGAAACAAGAAACAAGGCAGUGUAACGUGACACUCAGGACAAGUGGAGAUAGCCAGGAGUUGUUGGUAAAAGUUCUGCAAUCGUCGCUUCCUUCCCCCUGCUCUAACCAUACAGUCCAAAUGGUCGAAGGACCUUACCAGCGAACAUCCUGGUGCGGACACUCAACACCCUCCGUUCAGUCAAUGGGGACCUUUUUGACGAUCAAGUACAACGCCAGCAGUGUUACCAAUGGACCUGGUUUCACUAUUCAGUACAGGACAGUUACAAGGCACAGAACUCGGCCUUGUUACUUAUAUCCAUCCUGGAGUUACCGACUACCGUACACACCUUCAACUAAGGACGCAUGGUGGUCGUGCAUCAGUUUCCUUCAUGCCAUGAGCACGAUGCAGACCAUGAGAGCAACCAACAAUGACUUCUUCACAGUAUAUCCAUAUUAUCAGAGAAUGACACGGGAAUGGAUGAUCCUGGCAGGACAAGGCAGACAAGUAUAUGCUGAAAUUGAGCCCUAUUCCGGCUUGAGCUGUUCGCAUGGUUUCAUCAGGUUAUAUGAUUGUGAUGUUAACAACAGCUACAGAUACUUAGGAUCUUGGUGUGGUGGUGAGACCAAAACGUUCCGUUCAAGAUCAUGUCUGGCUGUACGCGUCAACGCAACCAGCCUCAAUGACAGAAACAAUGUAAUCUUCACUCUUAAGUACAAGUAUACACAACAAUUGUCUUAUGGAACAACAAUCAGACCAACAGCAACCAUGUGGCCGUGGAUGACAAGCAGACCAUGGGCUACCGAGCUGCCAUGGGGAAACGGUAACCCAUGGAUGAACCAUCGACCACGGACAACAGCAAAUUACUGGGCCAUGUACACAAUGUCCACGCGGAGUCCAUGGGUUAAAGCAAAUCACACAACACAAUCUGUCUGCAGUGAAGUCACACGCAGUGUUAAGUCGGGUGUUCACAGUCAGGUGUUGGUUAUACCUGCACUUUCCAGAGUAACAUGUAGAUGGAGACUGACGACUUCAGUCCUUGCAGAUUCUGAAAAUCAAAUAGAACUGAACCUGGAAUCCUGGUCCUCAGAAAUAACAAGCUCCGAUAUGUGUUAUGGCAGGUACCUGGAAGUGUUCGAUGGUCCGUCCUCCAGCUCUCCAUUCUUGGCCAGGUGGUGUGGUCAGUCUAAUCAGACACUGGUCAGCACAGGUCAAGUUAUGUUUCUGGUGUACACUGGUGGUUCUAGUUACCCAUGGCUGCCCUGGUCAGUCCAUUACAAGACCAUAGUUGACGACAGCGUCCCUGAUGUUGCUUCACAGACAGCAUCCAGCUCCAACAAAACCGGCGUCGUUGUAGGUUCGGUGUUUGGCGUUGUUCUGUUGGUUUUGGCCGUGGCAGGUGCAUUAAUUGCGUGGAGACUUUAUCGCAGAAAGAAAAUGUCACCUUACCAGAACCAUGAUAUCAGCCAUCACAGUGAAGCGGGGAGUUCUGUGUUUACGGUAACGCCACCAUCCUUCUCCAAUGCUGUUUACGAAGAAGUGAAGUCACCGAAGACGGGCAAAGAAGCAGCUAAAGCCCCCUGCAACCCCUAUGAUACGCCUAACACCAAUGUACAACCCGAGUUCACCCGUAAUGAAUACUUGUCUCUCUAUCAGCCACUUGUUCCCGGGUUUCCCAAGGGUAACGUCGAAGACAAAUCAGUUACCUACGAUAACCAUGUUCGCGACGGCAAGGAGACUUUGGCCCCUGGCAACGUGUAUGCUACACCUCACAUCUAUGACGAACCUCAAUUCAACCUCUACCCGGAUCUGCCUCUGUAUCAGCCGCUAAACCGCACCACUAUCAAGGAUAACGCCAAGGACAGAUCGGCUCUCGAUAAUAACCAUGGUAGCGGGGCUGUGGAGGAUUCGGAGAUUUGAGGGGUUGACUCAGUAAUAUUCUGGGAGGAUGGGUUUUUGUUUGUAACAUCAUGUUUUGACUUCAAUAUAUCCAUAUUUGUCUUUGAAAAGUACAACCAAACAAUCCAUUUUACUUAAAACAAAUUAAAUCGUCCAAUGAACGAUUUUGUUUGGUAAAACCUGAUUAAUUGUUUAUUUCCACGAUUUUCGUGAACGCAUAAUAUUUUCAAAAAGAGUCCCUGUCAUCCCCAUUCCUCCCCAAGAAUACCAGCUAUAAAUUGACCGAAGAUGGAACGAAACGGACUGGACUUUGAACAUGAACAUGUGUGUGUGUGCGCGCUUGAAUUUAGAAAUAACUAUUGCUAAAAUUAAUUGCGUUUUUGUUUGCAAAUGUUUCACAAAUCAAUGUUUUAUUGAAUCCUGAAAUCUGUGACGUAGUCUCACGUCCUCAACAUUCGGUUAUAAGACUUUACAAUGCUUACUUUUUUUAUCAACUUAAUUAAUCAUUAACGUAUCGAUUAACACAGAUGUAAUUUCAUUGGUAAUAAGGAAUGCACUGUAAUAAAGGCUUUCAAAACAAA